AUUACUGUUCAACUUCCCUCAAAUGAAAAAUAUUGGGGAGAGGUUAGAGGACCCUGAGCAGAGCGUCACAACUUCUGUGAUCUAUCUGCAAUGGCUUCCUAGUCAGGACAGGUUGUGAAAAUAAAACAUCUAACUGAAGAGCUACCUUUAGGAAAAACAAGUUUAACUGAGAUGGUGAGCAUAAAAUACAGCAUUUAGUUUGCUCACAAUAGCAGUGAGGGAUGAGGAGCUGAGCUGGGUUUGCUCUGGCUGUGCUGCAGUGCCAUGUUUCCCAAGCAGGACGUGGAAACAGAAGGACACCAGGGACCUUUCUGGGCUGCUCAGGAGACGGUGUGAGCAGCUGGUGUUCCCUGGGCAGAGCGCAGCCCUCCUGGUCUCUCGCCAGCUGGAGACCCCUCGGCACUGCCCGCAGCCGGCGGGAUGAUGGGCUGGAUUGACCGGGUGGUGCCCCAGCCCCCGGUGCCCCAUGUGACAGAGGAGACCCCUGUGCAGGAGCUGGAGCCAGCCAAGGCACCAACAGGAAAGGCCAGUGGCCCCACAGAUGCUGCUGCUCGGGCACGUGCUGCCAUUGAAGAAACGGAAAAGAAAGUGACCUUUGCGGUCGCUGAGGACUCCGGCUCUGUGUUUGACAGUGUGGGGAGUAGUGUGCUCUCCUGGCUCUCCUAUGGGCUGGAGAAGGUGAUUCCCCAGCCAGCCCCACCCCCAGGGCUGCAGGCACUCGGGAAGAGCUUCGAGACAAGCAUCGACAUUGCCGAUGAGACAGAGGUCCAGGACCUUGGGGAUGAGGACGACGAUCUGGAGAUAACUCCCUUCGAUCCCGAGGAGGACGUGUCCGAGGGGGAACCGGAGCCCGGCCCGGAGCAGUGGGCAGGACAGCGGGUGCUCAGCUGGCUCUCCCAGGGCUUCGAGAGGAUCCUGCCGCAGCCAGAGGGGAUGAAAAAGCCGGAGACAGAGCCGAAGGAGAAGAGCGAAGGCGCCGUGCAAGGCACAAAAGAGACUAAAGCCCAGGCGAAGCCGACGCCCAUCCCUUCGGGCACCCAGAGCGCCCCAGCGGCAGAGAAGGGGCAGCCAGAGGCAGUGACCGCCCUGAGCCCUCAGUCCUUGGCUGGGGACAGCAUCAGGAUGUUCAGCUGGUUUGUCCAGGGGCUGGAGAAGGUGAUGCCACAGCCGGUGACCAGGGAGAAGCAGGACACACAGGGAGUGGCCACAGCAACCUCGACUCCUGUGGAACAAAUUCAUGUAGCCCCUGUGGAGCAGGAGGAAACCCAUCCCAUCCUGAAAGAGAUCAGUGAUGAGCAGAUUGUUAAAGAGAUGGCAGCCUGGGCUCACAAGGCUGAGCUGGAGGCUCAUUCCCUUCCCACCAUACAGGAGGAACCUCAGGAAGAAGAAAGCAGACCCCUGCUGCAGCUGCCUUGUCUCCCUGCUGACGAGGGUGUGGAUGAAGCCUGCCUUGCUGAGGAGCCCCUCAGGGUUGAGCAGCUGGAGGAAGUUGAGAUAAGAGGUCUGGAAGGCGCUCCUGUGCAGGUGGAAGAGGAGACAGCUGAAGCUGCUGAAACCGAUGCUGAAGGGAGCAGGCAGCUGACUUCUCUGCACGUGAGCCUGCAGGGGCAGUCAGGACUUUUCACUGGGGCCAGGUUGGACAUCUCCCACUACUCCAGGUUACUCAAGGCAGUGCUCAAGAUCAAGUGGGAGAUGUCUCUGCCCUUCCAACCCUUAACCUUCCACGAUGCCAUGAAGAGCAGGUGGAAGGAUGCCCACCCCUCUCCUAGCAGCAUGGCCAGGCGGGCCCAGGACGUCGAGCUGGACCUGCUGGUGCAUGCCAGGCCGCUGGCUGGCAGGGACCCCUCCCCUCCUGCCCAGGGGGCUCUAGAGCAGCUCCCCAAUGUCCCCAGCUACAGAGCUGCCGCCCGCACCCCCGUCCUUGCCAGCGCAACAAAGGCUGGAGCUGUCAACCCCAACUUUUGCACUGAGGAGCAAUCCCCACUAGGAGAGGCCCUGCACCCCCUCACUGCCAUCAUUGUCCUUCCCCACGGAGCAGGUAAUUGCCCCACCGUGCAGAUCAAGGAUGUGGACAGUGCUGAGGAGAUCCACGGCAGCCCUGUGCUGGUGCUCCCUGCUCCCAACCUGCUGGCGGUGCCCUCCCCCAGAGGAGUGGUGGAAGCCCCAUCCCCCAAAGUGUUCAAGGAAAGGAGCAGGGGGGGUUCACUCCCAUCUAUUCUAGGCAAUGUCAAAAAUUUGGGGAAACUAAUCUUAGUAGGAGAAGGGGGAACAGAGAACAGGGCACAGCUGGGAGGAGGAGGAGGAGGAGGAGGGAGAGGAGCUGAGCUGAUCCUUGGUCUCUGUGUUUGUGCCUGCAGGAGGAAGCGACUGCUCCCAGAGGAUGGGCUGGACAAGGGGCUGGUGAGCCAAUCCCCCAGCCCAGUGCUGGGCUGGGAUGAGGAGCAGAAGGAAAGGCUGCCCGAGCGCAUGGGCUCUGCCACCAGCCUGAGCAGCACCAUCAUCAACAGCCGCCUGCAGGAGCUGGUGAGGCUCUUCAAGGAGAGGACUGAGAAGGUGAAGGAGAAGCUGAUUGACUCUGAUGUCACCUCAGAUGAGGAGAGCCCUGUGCCAUCUCCCACCAAGCCAGCACCGGCAGCAGCACCUCUGCCUGCCCCAGGAGGGGAGCUGGAGGGGGACAAACCCUCGGGGGAUGACCAUUACUGUGAGAUGCUGUGCUGCACAUUCAAGCACCGGCCCUGGCUGGACCGCCUGAAAAGCUACAAGUUCCCCAGCAGCAUCGACCCCCUCACCAAUCUGAUGUACGUGCUGUGGCUGUUCUUCGUUGUCAUGGCCUGGAACUGGAACUGCUGGCUGAUCCCUGUCCGCUGGGCUUUCCCCUACCAGACUGCAGCAAACAUCCACUGCUGGCUGCUGGUGGACUACCUCUGUGACCUCAUUUAUCUGCUGGACAUCCUCAUCUUUCAGACCCGGCUGCAGUUCGUGCAGGGAGGAGACAUCAUCACUGACAAGAAGGCCAUGAAAGAGAACUACAUGCGAUCACAACGCUUCAAGAUGGAUGUGCUGUGCCUCCUGCCCCUGGAUUUCUUCUACUUCAAAGUGGGUGUCAACCCCCUCCUGCGCUUCCCUCGCUGUCUGAAGUACAUGGCUUUCUUCGAGUUCAACAACCGCCUGGAGGCCAUCCUGACCAAGGCAUACAUCUACAGAGUGAUUCGGACCACUGCCUACCUGCUGUACAGCCUGCAUGUGAACUCCUGCCUCUACUACUGGGCCUCAGCCUACGAAGGACUGGGCUCCACCACCUGGGUCUAUGAUGGGGAAGGAAACAGCUACAUCCGCUGUUACUACUGGGCAGUGAAAACUCUCAUCACCAUUGGGGGCCUGCCAGACCCCAAGACCCUGUUUGAGAUCGUCUUCCAGCUGCUGAACUACUUCACAGGCGUCUUUGCAUUCUCUGUCAUGAUAGGGCAGAUGAGAGACGUGGUUGGUGCUGCUACCGCAGGGCAAACUUACUAUCGGAGCUGCAUGGACAGCACCAUUAAAUACAUGAACUUCUACAGGAUCCCCAGAACUGUCCAGAACCGGGUGAAGACGUGGUACGAGUACACGUGGCACUCUCAGGGCAUGCUAGAUGAGUCAGAGCUGCUGGUGCAGCUGCCAGACAAGAUGAGGCUGGACAUCGCCAUCGACGUGAACUACAACAUCGUGAGCAAAGUGGCCCUUUUCCAGGGCUGUGACAGACAGAUGAUCUUCGACAUGCUGAAGCGGCUCAGAUCAGUGGUCUACCUGCCCAACGACUACGUGUGCAAGAAGGGAGAGAUAGGCCGUGAGAUGUACAUCAUCCAGGCGGGACAGGUGCAGGUGCUGGGGGGACCCGACGGCAAAUCCGUGCUGGUGACUCUGAAAGCUGGGUCUGUCUUUGGGGAGAUCAGCUUGCUGGCAGCAGGAGGGGGAAAUCGCAGGACAGCAAAUGUGGUGGCCCACGGCUUCGCCAACCUUUUUAUUUUGGAGAAGAAGGACUUGAACGAGAUCUUGGUGCAUUACCCGGAGUCUCAGAAGCUGCUGCGUAAGAAAGCCAAGAAAAUGCUGAAAAGCAACAACAAGCCCAAAGACGAGAAAGGAGGCCCCGGAGAUCCGCUGAUCAUCCCCCCGAAGGCUGACACCCCCAAGCUGUUCCGGGCUGCCCUGGCUGCCACGGGCAGGGCGGGGGGCAAGGGGGCAAUGGGGCGGCUGCGCUGGAGGCUGAGGGAGCUCAGGGCCAUGCGGGAGGCACAGGCUUCCAGUGUCAGCCCAACCCCACCAAAAUCACCAGUGCACCAGAGAUCCCCUGUCACAUCCCACAAAGCACAAACCCGCCUGGGAGAGGAAAUAUCCUCAGAGUCUUCUGAUCACUCAGUCACCAUUCGUGUGAUUCCCACAGCAAAAGAAGAUGAGGAAAUCCUUGCUGCUGAGAUUUCAGAGAAAGAUGAAAAAAAAGAAGAGGAAUGAAACAGCAGCAGGUCUCAGGGCAGG